AUGGCCAAAACUUUAAGAGACUCUGUCAUGGAAUCGGCAGACUGGAUGCAUGCCUGUGCUACCAAGAGAAAUACCAGACCAUCGCCAACAGACGAGAGGCGCCUAUACUGUAUUUGGCUCUUCCGGAUUGAAGUGCGAGUCGUCCAAGGUCUUGACUCUCUCCUCGAAUCGACGGAUGAAGUUCCGUCGCCCUCGCCUACCGCGUCUAAUCCCAAUCCCCCCUGCUCGCCAGGCCUCCCAUGUCACUGGCCCAUUACGCUACCGUGUCGAAAGACCCCUCCCGCCGCCCGCGACGGCAGCCUCAUGAAGCCCCGUCGGCCAUUCCCUCGGGCCUCUGCUGAUUCUUGUCGGCGCGGGAGGUCUCAUUCCAUCUGCGGGGCGGACACAUGGUCGUCGAUGAGGCGCGACGGCGGCAGCGCCAUGCUGAGAAGGGAGGGCUUGACAUGGCUCUGCCGCGCUCUGCACUUUUCCUGA